AUGGCGGGAUCAUCCCCGCGCAGGUUGGAGGCGCUCGCCCUGUGCUUCCUCGUGUUCCUGUUACCGGGCGUCUCCGGAUGUGGAGGCAACCUGACGGCUCCCACUGGAGGCCCCGUCACGUCACCGAACUAUCCCAGUAACUAUGGCAACAACCAGGACUGCGAGUGGCUGAUCAACGUCCCGGCAGGAAGCUUGAUCCGUCUCACGUUUGACAGCUUCGACCUGGAAGAAGAUUAUGACUUUCUGCGCAUCUACGAUGGAGCCAGUGCAAGUGCGGCGCUGUUACAGGAGUUAACGGGUCCGCAGUCAGUCAGCCCUAUCGCCAGCACAUCUAACGUGAUGUUCCUGAGGUUUACAUCUGACGACAUUGAAGCAAGACAGGGGUUCAAUUCCUCCUACACAAGUUACACGUCUGGUCAAUGCUGGGACCCUGGUGUGCCAGCCAAUGGGAUCAGGGAUAACAACAGUAACUUUACAUCAGGACAGACAGUCAGGUACACCUGUAUGGACGGGUAUUGGCUGCUGUGGGGGACUGCCAACAUAACCUGCCAGUCGAACGGGACUUGGAGUGGUGUUCCACCAACUUGUGGAGGAUGCCCCACGGUUGUCCUAUAUGGCGGCUCCGACACUCUGCAGGCCGGUAGGAUGACGUCCUACACCAUGACGGGAGACACCCACGGUGACCGGCCCGUGUACUACGGCAGCGUCACCUGCCACUACCUGUAUUACCACAAGCGUGCCAUGGAGUGGUUCGUGGGACCGCAGUUCAACCGCAGGGGCGUACGUGUCCGGGACUCCGCCCUCUACGCUGACCAGAUCAACGGGACGUUCCUUCUGUUAAACGUUAACGGCGGGGGGUGGGUAGAGAACCCGGAUGUGAAGAUCGCCUGCUCUGAUGACGUCCCAGCUGGCGCGGUACUUCCACAAUCGGUAGGGGGCGCUACAAACUGUACGAGGGUCCGUCUGCACGGCGGUGCCGACUACCAACCCUCCCUCAUGACGACCUACACCAGAACAGACCAGACCAAUGGGGGCAGACCUGUCUACGUUAGUGACACAAACAGCCAAAACUUUCUUCACUUUGUCGAAGACAUCAAGCAAUGGUGGGUGGGUCCCACGAUCGGAGAACGCAGCGGCAACGCUUAUGUCCAGAACUGCGCCAUGACACCUGACCAGAUCAGGUCACCGUGGAUUCUGUUUGACGGGAAUCAGCGGCAAGUCGUCAGGUCGGUUACUGCCAGCUGUGUCCGUAAGUACUUUACAUUAUAUAAAUAA